CGGCAUGUUUACUCCGAUCCUUAAAGUAAUGUUUGAUCCUUUAUUUCCACUUUGAUUACUCGAGAAAUUCCGAAAGUGAGUACCCCGUGCACGCAUAUCGGAAUAAAGUUGAAUAAAGUGUUAAAAGAGGAAUCGCCUCGAUGAAAAGUUGCGAAGAUGGACACUACGGAGAUAGAGGAUGAUCCUGUCGUGAAAGAGAUACCAGUAUUCCUCUCCAAGGCUCUGAUAGAGAAACUAUACAUUCUUCAGUAUCCUGCACACAGUAAAGAUGUUUGGGCCAAUAUUAAUUUCGCAAAGACUUUUGUUAAACCUGAAAAUCAGAAGAUACGUGUCGAACUUGCCAUGGAAACUACAAAUGAACUCUCUUACGAUCGCAAAGCAGGAAAGCAGAUGGCUCUAAAUACAGAUGGAAAAUCGACAGGAAAUAACGACACGAACGUAUUCGAUAGCGGUCUGAUGGACAAGGCUGUGUUGACUUCAGACCGGGCGUUAUCGGAUUGCUCAAAUUUUGCAGUCGGGAUCUUUCAGGAUGACGAGCUGCACAUAACGCCGUUGAAGGCAAUGUUGCAUAUGAAACUGCAGUGCAAUUAUCUGGAUGAAAGCGACAAGCAUGCCAGGGAUGGAACAAGGGGCACAGGAGAAGAUGAUGACGAGGAGGAAGACAGUGCGACGCGAGUGAAUGUAACAUUCGCUAGGCGUCUGCCGGAUAAUCUAAAGAAGCUGCAAGAACAGUCUUUCCAGCAUCAUUAUAGAAAAAGCCAGGAGGAACGUUGGAUUCAAACAAAUUAUUAUACAUCGGCUGACGAUGCGCAGGCUGAGAUUUUGGAGUCGACCCGAAUGGAGAUGUUCUACCCAUCUGCCGAAGAAUCGGUAAAUACCCUAAAUUUGACCAGGAAGGACUAUCUGCAUCUACUGGUACCACAGUUACCUGAUAGUUGCUACUUACAAGUCACUUCCGAGGAUCAGAAAAAUCUUCACCAUAUCAAGGCUUUAUCUUUGCAAGAACGAAUCGAAACAUUCAUGAAACAAGUGAGGGUCAUAUCUUUUGCAAAGUUAUGCGAAAUUUUAUUUCCGGAGCGUGAUGAGAGAACAACAAGAGAGAUACUCAAGCAUUUGCAAGAAGUUGCUAUGUUAGUGCAAGGUAACUGGGUCGUGCAUAGCAAAGAGAAGGAUCUUAAGAACUCCGAGGAUAGCCUCUCUUCUCAGAACAACAUCUCUGAAUUCAUAUGCAAAGCUCGUGAUUAUAUCUUAUCAUCGUUUAACAAUACUGAGCAACAGUUUCUCAAUCGCAAGACAAUCUUGUCCGGCAUCAAAUUAACAUCGGAAGAAAUUAAUCAGCUUUUUUCAGAGCUUUUAACGUAUGAAUCGAAGAAAGGUUGGCGACUAAAAGAGCCAUUCGACUCGAACUUCUGUAAUAGCUAUCGCGAUAUCGUUGACCGGCAAAAAAUACUCUGGCAAGCAAAGAGGGAACAUCUACUCGAAACAAUGGAAGCACAGAAUCAACCACCGCAGCGUCAGCGCCGAAAGUCAAACCGGGAGUCGCAAAGUUCGGAAAAUGAAGAAAGAAACGUCGGUCGUGGUCGAAAAUCGGUCAAAGAGUCGUCUUUGUCGGAUAACGACGGCGCAAUAAUCGAGCCCGCUAAGCACAAAAAGAGUCGAUCCAGGAAAAUAUCAGAGACCACCACGUGACCAAGAUCAAUGGCAUCGAGGUAGUUUAAAGCUUCCUUUGUCGCCAAUCUCUCUGAUACGUCUCAUCAUCGUUACGUCAUAUCUAUGAACUGCAUGAUUGAAUCACUGUUAAUCAUGAGAUUUCUCCGCAAUAUCAUGUUAAUUAGAUUGGAGAUUCAAGGUUGAUUUUUCCGGAACUAUGUUUGAAGCUCGUGUCAAGUUCUAACUUCCAAGUGGUACAGACUGGGUGUACUUAAUGCUACCGGCAGAUUCAUAUUUUGAGAGAAACAAUUAUUCGUCUCUUCUGCUUUGAAACAUCAGUAUGCAUUUGUUGUACACUGCGAUAUUAUUUAAUAGUAUUAUCUAGUAUUAUGUAAUAUAUAUAUUUAGUAUUACAUUAUUAGUAUUAUAUUAUUAACAGAUGUGAUUAUAGUAUUAUAUUAGUAUUAUAUUAGUAUUAUAUUAUUAACAGAUGUGAUUACCAUAUCAUCUUUUAUAUAGACGGAAUACUUUCAGGAUGAACACCAGCAAUUUUGAGCAUGUGAUGAAAAGCAUUGGUAAUUUCUUCUUGGCGCCGUAUUGUAGAUGUCAUUAAUUAAUUACGACUCGUAUAACUUAUGACCAGAGUUGGGUAGUAACCAAUUCUACUUAUAACAAAUUACAUAAUCAUGAUAUGAUUGUGAACGAUCCUGUUCUGAGUGACAUAGAGUGACUAAGGAGUGACAUAAAUUGUGUAAAUAAAGCUUAGGACGUUAUUUUUACCCAUAUUUUUGAAACAUUAUUACGAGAAUUACUGAAAUAAAAAGAAUCUUUACAAUGUCUUUGCAACAUUGCACUGCAAUAUGCAAUGUUGCAGCAAUAUUGUUGCAAGCUUCUAUACUGAGGAGUCUGAAAAUCAUAUUUUUUAUCAUACAAUUUUGAAUUUGCAUGUACACAAAUAAAUACAUAAUAUACGUAACACAUACCACAUACGUUAUACAUAUAUAUUAUAUGUAUGUAUACACACAAAGAAAAUUACGAUGUAAUAUAUUAUAUUUAGACGUAAUACUUUUCAUAUUCUAAUUAUUUAGAACAUAUUUUCUAUGAAUCAUGAAUAGUAUUAUAAUUAAUAAGGAUUUUAAUACAUGUAUGAAAGAUAGUUAAAUUUAACUCAAAUCAAGGAUGCUUGUCCCCAACUGUAAAAUCUCAAUUAUUAGAUAUGAUACAACAUUAUUAUUAUUAUUUUACAAUAAUGUAUGUACCUAUACAAUAAUAUUCUCUGAAUAUAUUAUUUUAUUGAUAUGUUGAUUAUAAAUGUUAAUUAUUAUCGUAAAAUAUUUGUAUGAUAUUUAUUUUAUUGUAAUUUUAAAAAAUCCUUAAGUAUACUUUGUAUAUCUUUAAUUGUUAUAAGCAAAACUGUUCGUGAUUUUUAAGGAAAAUAAUAAAUUAAUAAAUCAAGUGAUAUUGUGUGCA